GUGUCCGUACGACACCAUUCGCGUAGCCACUUCUUGCCGUUCGUAAAAUGGCGAUUAAGCUCGUUCCAUUCUAAUUCCGUGUGUGAUUUAAAGGCUUUUUUGUGGCCGCAGCGGGUCAACUCUGCAUGCAAAUAUGUCGCGCUGAAUUCAGAUAACCCACAAAACCAAAUAAUUAUUUUCAAUGUAAUAAAAUGAACGUUAAAGGAUUUCGCAUUGAAUGGGUAGAAGAAGUACCCACAACUACAGACAUUGUUGGCGAAGAAGUGAUCAUCAUGGACGAAGGAAACCAGGACGAAGUUGAAGGAGCCGAAGAGUAUCUUGUCGGCGAAGAAAUCAUAUCAUCUGUGGAUAUGAAUGCAAUCCCAAACAGUUUAGACCAAGUCGCUGCUGAGAACUUAAUUUACAUGGCACAAGAUGGACAGGUUCAGGCAAUGGGGGAUCUCAUCGAGGAGCAGGUUCAGGAGACGGACAAUGCCAAUUAUAACGAAGUACAAUAUUUUGAAUGCCAAGUGACUGAAGAGGUGAUAACAGACGACUGGGUUCAGCCACAGGGGGAAGAGAGGGUUGAAAUUCCGGUGGACCAAUUGUGUGGGUCCGGUGACAAUCAAAUCGUUUCUGAAAUAGAAGUUCCUCUGCCAACGGAUCAAGAUGAAUAUACGGCGCUGCGACCGUAUCCUUGUGACUUUUGCAGUCGUCGAUUUCGGAAGAAAGUCAGCUUAAUGAAUCACAUGAUUGCCCAUCAAAAUGAUAGGCCACACGUUUGUAAUUUGUGCGGUGCACGUUAUAUACGUCGUAGCGAUUUACACAAUCAUUUUAAGGUCCAUGCACAUGUGCCUGAACAGAAUUUUGAUGAUAUUGAUGAAAGCUUUUUGAAUGAACAUAUAGAACCCAGAUCUUCGACAAGGGGGCAUGAAUACUACGAGGAAGAACAAGAAGUUCCAGAAAAGACGGCAGGGAAAAAUCGAGGUAGUCGGGGAAGCAAAAGAAAAAUUAAGGAUGAAGAGAAUUAUAUGCAACAGGAACAAACUAUUGAUGAGUCUCAGAUGCAGGAACAAGUUGAAAGGUAUCCAGUCACUGAUCCGCGCAAACCUUUCGUUUGUCAACAGUGUGGGAUCGGUUUUGCCCGGCAGAAAGCUUUGUCGUCGCAUUCAAGGAUACACGGCGGCGAUUCCCCGUACGAGUGCACGUCCUGCAAUGAAAUGUUUUGGGACAUAAAUAUGCUAAACGAUCAUCAACGGACACAUCACUUUGAGGCAAGCAACUCUGAAUACGAACCAGAAAAUGACGAGGAGAGCGAUUCAGAAAACGACUCGAAAUACGGUGAAUUCUAUUGUAACAUUUGCGGGAUGUCGUUCCAUAGAAAGGAUUUGCUCAAACGCCAUUCAAAGACGCACGUAAAAAAGGAAACGUAUGAAGCGGAAUCGAGACAUUGCUGCAACGUAUGCGGCGAAACGUUCCAAGAAGCAUUAGAUUUACUGGCGCAUGCGGAAGUGCAUGCACGUUUUCAACCAUUCAAAUGUACUCUCUGUGGUGAGACAUUCCUGGAAGAAGCUACCAUAAAGAAGCAUUUAACCAACGUUCAUUCGGCCGAAAUGAACUCUAACUCAUGUAAGCUGUGCGGGAAACAAUGUCGCGACGGACGGUCGCUUAUGAAGCACGCCUGGGAUCACUCGUUGAAGAAGAACCACUCGUGCUCUAUAUGCGGUAAAACUUUUCAUAAUAAGGCCAGACUCAAACGGCAUAUGGUGUCGCAUCGUAACAAAUCCGUGAAAUGUGAUGUCUGCAACGAGGAAUUCCCAGAUGGUCGAAGUCUUAUGAAUCAUCGGCAUUCGCACAACAACACAUCCGGUCGACAGUUCCCGUGCAACGAGUGCGGUAAGACUUUUGGAUCGAGAAGCUCGCAACAAAUUCACAUCCGCAUUCAUACGGGAGAGCGACCGUACGGAUGUCGAUAUUGUUACAAGGCGUUUGCAGACGGUGGAACGCUAAGGAAGCAUGAAAGGAUCCAUACUGGCGAGAAGCCCUAUGCCUGCUCGGUAUGUCCACGAGCUUUUAACCAAAGAGUUGUCCUUCGCGAGCAUAUCCGUUCGCAUCACUCAGCACCUGAUACAAAACGAGGUACUGCCUUAAUGCCAUAUUAUUGCACAGUUUGUGCUGAAAUGUUUGCGGCUCCUACGGAAUUGGUGCAGCAUUUGAUACAGCACAGUGAUUUGAACACGGCCAUGCAAAGACAACCAGUUACUGGACCCAGAAAAUACAAACGUAGACGAAAUCUGAAGCCACAUGAACUGGAACGAUUGCGUGCCGAAAGAGCGCAGAACAGCGAAGCCGAAUACUCCGAUCUAGACAUGGGCAACGUUGACGACUUUCUGGAGAUGAACAGAAGCAAACGCUCUCCAAUCGAUAUGAUGGCGACAUCAUCCACGUACGGUAGUAAUUUCAGCGGCCAACAAUCGAGUCGAAGCCGAAAAUAUUCAGCUGGAUCUGAUAAAGUGGCCAGUUGGCAACAAAAGCUCUUGGCCCCGUCAAAUAGCGAUUCUUACUCUGAACUCAAUAAUCUGGAAAAUGAUAUUAAAACGAUUGAACCUCUAGUUGUAAACAAUUCCUUUACCCCAACACCUGCACCAGCACCUGCAACUACCUCAAAACCUAAAGGCGGCACGAAACGUCGUGCUGCCAAGCAAGAAGUGGAGAAACCGUCUCGACCGAAAAUGAUCCACACUCAAAAGACUCGAGUGGCCGUUGAAGACGGAAAGCGGAAAACACGCACUAUGAUCACUAGAACCGAGCCUACGGAGAUUGAUGAACAGGAUUUCCAGCAAUUGGAUCGGUCCAGAUAUCGCGAUAACAGCACCAGCGAUUAUGAUAUGAACAUCUCCUCGGACACAGCAUUACCAAGACAUUCUAGUCAACCCGAAAUCAAGCAAGAAGAAGUAGCGCGUAGUGAUCUGUUCGAUGCUCAACUACUACUCGAGGCCGCCUCAAUGCGAAAGGAACUCGAUAAAUACAAUCCCGACAUCGUUAACGAUUUAGAAGAGAUUCUAGGCUCUCCGAUCAAACAAAAGACAUCACCCUCACCACAAAGGUCCUAUGUAACACGCGAAAUCAAUUUGGAUACAUCCCCAGAUCUUAUGGAAAUUUCAAACUCUGGUGAUGAUUUGCGUCGGUCGGCGCGUAUCAAACGAUCCGCGAAGAAUAAAAAGUAUCUCGACUUCGAAACAACACCGAAAGCUCAUUCGUCGGUACAUCGGGGAUCAUCCACGCCCUCGUCAUCAACUUCCUCAAAACCGAGGUCUUCGAGAGAAGAGAAGGUUGUGGUGAAGAAGGAGAAGUCAGAGACGGACAUCAGUGACGCGAUGAAGAACGAACUUAUGGUUAAAACCGAGGGAAUGUCCGAUAGUGGACAGCCAAGUGAGCAACAAGACAAACAAGCGGAGCCCCAACAACAAUACUUUCAGUGUGAAAUGUGCUUCGCUUCGUUCCCAGACCGGGCUCAGCUGCUUGUUCAUGUUCAUAUUCACAUUUAAAUCAAAAUUAUCUACAAUGACUGGAGCUAACGCGCAGAAGAGAGGGUAAGAGGAAAUAAAGACACAAGAUUCAGUUUAUUCGACCACCGCCACAACAGUUCUUACAUCAGCAAGUCUACCCCUUUUCCUCCACAUAAUAUGUAUAAGCUUUUCAGAAUAAGACAUGCUUUUGCUUCUCGAGGAAAUUGACCAAUUCGCUCAGCCUCCAUUGCAAUUGCGUUAAUCCACAAGAAAUUAGAGCUUCUCAUCGAAGUACAGCUUACAAUGUAGCGCUCCUGAGGGUUUUAAUAUGUUCAGUACGGUUCAUGUCACUUACUCCCCAUUUCCCAGGACAAUAGUUGAUUAUUAAACUUUGUACCGAGUUUUUUGUUUUUCUAGAAAGACCAAGGAGUCAACGAGUUGACGUAGAAAAUUGUUGCCUGACCAUCCAAUGAUUGUAUAUAGAGACCAGUUACUGUAUUAAUGUUUUUUAUAACAAAAGAUAAAGUUUGAACGUUGGAGGUGUAUGUUAUAUACGCGAAAACCUAUUAUACACUAAAUGACAAUGUGCUUAUUUGUGAAGUUAGUAGAACGCCACUGUUAUUUUUAAGGAAAUGUUUAAAAAUAGUGUGAAUAAAAAUUAUAUGAAUAGAAGAAAAAAAAAAUCACAAUAACAGGACAACAGAGAGCGGAGAAAUAGAAGUAUUUCAAAAUGAAAAAAAUAAA